AUGCUGCUGCUGACAAAGAAGGAGUGGAAAAAUCUCGCCCGAAGGUUACGCUUUUCGCCGCGGAAACGCCACUACAUUAUUUCGGUCCUGGUGAUCCUGGUGGUAGUUUCCUUGGUGUACUGUACCGUCACCUCGUCCUAUUACUGCUUCGACACCGGAGUCGAGUGGAAAGUUAAUAAAUUUUGCAAGCGCUACCGCACGGAGGGCGCUUCUGGCUAUCUAUGUCAGGACUUUUGCAGCUGGGAUUUUCAUUGUCCGAAACCGAACCUGGAAAUCCAUCACCCGCAUCGGUUUCAAACCAAAAAGCUCGGAGAUCCACUUACCAUCAUCCAAGCAGUUCCGAACGAAAAUUAUGAGAAAUUAUUCUGGGUGGACAGCCUUUAUCAGAAGGAGCACUAUCCAACGGAAACCGAGUAUGAAAACAUCGUCAGACGGUACAUAACGAACAAGUACAACAUGGAGAUUCCCUUCGAUAAGAUGCGUUCUUUGUUGAGACUUUCGCACAAGCAGCACGUGUCAAUGUUUCAUAACAGUAUGCGCGAUAGUUGGAAUCUAAUUCAGAAUCAUGAGUACGCUAUGAUGAGUAUGUUCAGCGAGAAGGAUCUGUUUCCGUUCGUGACCGGUAACUGCGGAGAGGUGUUUGCUUCCGAGCAUCUGGAAUCGGUUGAUUUCGAAGAGGAUCGGUAUUACUACACGAAGCACAUCGAUACGGACCGCUGGCGGUACCAUAUUAAGGUGGCAGUUCUGAUUUUGGACUAUAUCGACGAGCUGGACCAGCACGAACUUCAGAUGUGCCACGUGGACCUGACCCGGUUUGGGAUCAACAACAAUCGACUGAAGUACGACGAUUUACGGUUUCUGUAUACGGAGUAUACUAUCAACAGGAAGAUGUCCAGCGGGAGUCACUGUACGCGGGAUGAGCAUUGCAACUUUAUGCUCUGCCGAUCCGAGUGCAAUGUGGAGAAGAGCUGGUGCGAGUCGACGGUGUUGAAUAAUAAUGUUCAAAUCGUUUGUGAAAAGAUAUUCCUCGGCACCGAAAGCUCGCCGGGAAUCCUAAUCACCCAGAAAACUCCCCAACGGCUGGCUAUGCUGCUCAAACGGUGCGCCAAUCCAACGGAGGAUCGCGACAUUUCCCGGGCCCGGCCGCUGGGUGCUUCCGAGGAGCUCAAGAAACAGCUAUACAAUGAAUUGACCAGCAUCUACGAGAAGCUCGCCACGAUCACCGCUCCCUGAAAUGUCUCUAUAUUCUGUAAGACUUUGUGUAGUACGUGUGUGUAAUGCUGGUUCAUGUUUUCGAACCGUCUAACCGUAGUGUACUGCUGGUUGCAAUGGUCGUCCGUGUGGGUGUCAAAUGUCGAAAAACCAAAAAAUCGAUUUCUACGUUGAAUGUGGUUUCAUUCUAGAAGCAAACAUGAGAGUUAAUAUUUUUUAGAGUUUUAGUAGCUUUGAUCGCUAGAUUUUUCAACGAGCCCAAAACUGUCAAUACAAUCAAUUGAGAUGUAAAAGUUCAACAUUUUUCUUAACGUCCUUCUAAUUUAGAAUAGAAACAACAGCAGUGAUAUUGAAACUUGAGUUUACUUAAAAUCAGACCAAAAAUCAAACGUAAAUUAAGUUAGCGAACUGCACUGUAAUACCUAGCUAAGGAUCUGUUUAAAUAAACUGAAU